ACAGUGCUGCUUCAGAGCUCAGAGCAAACCUGAUCUGAGACGACAACAGCGAGAUAAACGCCUGAAAAUGAACGGGCAGUCCUCACCUGUCUUCGAGGAGAAGAAGCCCUCCAUCCCCGUGGCCGGCGGUUCCAUCUCGGCUUCCAAGGAUUCCCCGACAAUGCCGGAGUCCUCCUCCACAGAUAUGGGCUUCUAUAGCGGCCAGAGCGCGCUCCACGGCUCGCAGGAUUUCUACUCGGCACAGCAGCCGUACUCCGCUCAGCACAUGAACCCGUACGCAUACCACCACUACAGCCUGAACGGAAUGGGUCCCGGCGGUGCCUACCCCGUUGGGAAGGCAGAGUACCCUUACCCCCAUGCAGCAUACAGGGAGCACGGAGCAUUCAACAGAGAGGUUCAGCCAAGUCUGCAGGACAGCGUGAAAGAAGAACCAGACGUGGAAGUUAGGCUGGUCAACGGGAAGCCCAAGAAGGUACGCAAGCCCCGGACCAUCUACUCCAGCUACCAGCUGGCAGUUCUGCAGAGGAGAUUCCAGACAGCCCAGUACCUGGCCCUGCCAGAGCGGGCCGAGCUGGCUGCACAGCUGGGCCUCACACAGACGCAGGUCAAAAUCUGGUUCCAGAACCGUCGCUCCAAGUUUAAGAAGCUCUACAAGAACGGAGAGUUUCCGCUCGGUGAUAUUCCUCUUGAACACAGUCCAGACGCCAGCGACUCCAUGGCCUGCAACUCUCCUCCAUCCCCAGCUGUGUGGGAAAACAACAACAGUAGCAAUGGUAACAAUAACAGCAGCAACCACAGCAGCGGGAGCGGCAACAACCCAAACGUCAGCAACGGUAGCGUCAAAAAUAGUGCAAUGCUGGAUCCUACCAGUAGGGGGCAGGUUCCCUAUCAGCCUCCGGUGGAUUCUUCACCUGCCUAUAUGGGGGAAUACACACACCAGAACUGGUACCAACAGCAGGGUGCACACUUAGGUCUCUCACAGUCAGGCCAAGUGCACCACGCACCACCAACUGCUCCGUCGGCCACACAGAGUAUGGGAGCCGUCUACUGAUGUAGAAAAAUGGACAACAUUUCGACUGGAGUCCUGGGCUUCACCUGGGGCUUUUGUUUUUUUUUUUGGAUGAUUCUG